AACCGUGCGCGUACGCAGCUCCAGCGUCAGUCUGCGUGCGUCCGUUACGGGGUGCGGACGUGGAUGGAUAGUGGUUGUGUUGUGUUUUGUGAAUUGUGACAGUCAAAAUGCAGGGACGUGAUAAAUUGUGUGCGAAAUUGACCAGUGCCUUCCUCAGGAAAUGGUGGUUUGUGCUGGCCUCCGCAGUCAUACUUCUUCUUCUAGGAAUAAUCUGCGCCAUUUUCUUCGGCACAUGGAUCCGUAUGUUUAUAGACCACGAGCUGGUGCUGCGUCCGGGCUCGAUGACGUUCGACUGGUGGGCGCGGCCGCCGGUGCGACCGUUCGUCCGCGUCUACGUCUACAACGUCACGAACGCCGACGAGUUCCUCAACAACGGCAGCAAACCCAUACUGGAUGAGCUGGGACCUUAUGUUUACGUGGAGGAGUGGGAGAAGGUGAACAUCACCGACAACGAGAACGGCACGCUGUCGUUCCACUACCGCCGCCAGUACACCUUCAUGCCGGAGCUCAGCGCCGGGCCCGAUGAUGACUCCGUCGUCGUGCCCAACAUACCUAUGCUGAGCGCGACGUCCCAGUCGAAACACGCGGCGCGGUUCCUGCGGCUGGCGAUGGCAUCCAUCAUGGACAUCCUCAAGAUCAAGCCGUUCGUGGAGGUAUCUGUCGGUCAGCUGCUUUGGGGCUACGAAGACCCGCUGCUCAAGCUGGCCAAGGACGUCGUGCCAAAAGAACAGAAGCUGCCGUACGAGGAAUUCGGACUGUUCUAUGGUAAAAAUGGCACUGCGCCCGAGGAGGUGACGAUGUUCACGGGCGCCGGCGACAUCACGCGGUACGGCAUCAUCGAGCGGUACAACCACCGCGACCGCCUGCCGCACUGGCUCACCGACGAGUGCAACAGCUUCGCCGGCUCAGACGGCUCCAUCUUCCCGCCCCACAUCACCCGCAACGACACUCUCGCUGUUUACGACAAGGACCUGUGCCGACUGCUGCCGCUCAAAUACCUCAAGGACGUAGAGUCGGCGGCCGGCGUGUCCGGGUUCCGGUUCACGCCGCCGGAGGACGUGUUCUCUGACGGCGAGCACAACCGCUGCUUCUGCCCCGCCGGUCCGCCCUGCGCACAGUCCGGACUAUUCAACGUCUCCCUCUGCCAAUACGAUUCACCUAUCAUGCUAUCGUUCCCUCACUUCUACCUGGCUGACCCGAGCUUGCGAGAGGCCGUGGAGGGCGUCUCACCCCCUGAUCCGGAGAAGCACAGACUUUACAUCGACGUCCAGCCGGAGAUGGGUACGGCGAUGCGCGCACGCGCCCGCAUCCAGAUCAACCUGGCCGUGUCGCAGGUGAUCGACAUCAAGCAGGUCGCCAACUUCCCAGACAUCGUCUUCCCGAUAUUGUGGUUCGAAGAGGGUAUAGACGAGCUGCCAGAAGAGGUGUCGUCGAUGCUGCGGCUGGCGACGCGCGUGCCGCCGCUCGCCCGCGCCGCGCUCGCCGGCGGGCUCGGCGCGCUCGGCCUGCUGCUGCUGCUGCUCGCUGUCACUUGCAUCAUCAGAUCGUCCCACAGACAGAGCACGUUGCGACUGGAGGGUCACGCGGUGGCCAAAGCGACUCCCGCCAAGACGCCGAGCAAAGACAACGGCUACGAACUCAACAACAGGAGAUAAUUGUCGCCGCGACGACCGCUUGAACUGUCUUAUUCGUGAUCGGGCCCAGACCCACGAACUAUAUGUUUAAAUAUAUACAAAUUAGGUUGACUUCGAACCGAUAUAGCCGCAUGAUUUUCAAUAAGUAAGAAAUAUAUCAUAUUAGUUAUACUUACAGGAGAUUGCGGAAAUCGAGUUAAUGAGAUUGAAAAGUCGAAAAAAUCUAAAUAAGACAGAUGAAGCGUAUCAUAGACUUAAUAUUAGCCACCUCAAAAUGUAGAUGUUAAAGUUACGUGUUGAGAAUAAUUUGACAGCAGCUAGGGAAAAACAUCGAUGUAAGCAUUUUACGUAGGUACUUACCACCUU